UAUUUCUUGAUGCAUUUUCGGUUUUUGUUUGUUGUUAGUGGGAAUUAGAUAGAAAUGGGUUUGGGUUCAGCUCCCCUUUCUACGGCUCCACCAAUCUAUAAGCUGCACAAGAAUCACCUCAGACCAGCAACCGGAGCCUCCCCGGCUGCCUUUCGUUUUGUGCAGAAAAGCAUUGCAUAUUCAUGGAAUGAGAGAAGGCAGAAAUUGGCAGUAGGAUGCAGCCAGGUGAGUGUAGACAAGAGCAUAAUCGACGAAGCCUGUGAAUUAGUGAAUGGAACAGAGCUAACAAUUGAAGACGAAGGAGAAGUAAUACCAGCUUACCUAUUCACGGCAGUCAAAAACAACAACGGCACAGGCAUAUUGCUCCUCUCUGACAUAUUCGGUUUUCAUGACUCUGCCACCACAGAUUUUGCUUAUCGUGUUGCUUGCAACGGUUACAAUGUUCUAGUUCCUGACCUGUUUAGAGGGGAUUCAUGGAGAAAAGACAGGCCACAGGCUCUGCUUGAAGAGUGGAUCGCCAAGCAGAAGCCAGAACACGUGGCACGAGCUAUAUUUGCAUCAGCAAGAUGGAUAAAGGAUGAACUUGCAGCUGCAGGGAUAUCAAACAAGCUAGGGAUCAUUGGAUUCUGCUUUGGAGGGGGUAGAGUUGUAGAUAUUCUAGCUCAAGAUCAGGAUGCGUAUUUUGGCUCUGGAGUCUCAUGUUAUGGUACUAGGAUUGACUCUUCUGUUGCAAGCAAGAUAACGGUACCUCUGCUAUUAAUCACAGGUGAUGAGGAUGCACUAUGCCCAAUCACUAAAUUAGAGGAAAUUACAAAGAGGAAUGAUAGUGCAAAGGUGGUUGUCUUCAACGGGAGAGGUCAUGGUUUCGUCCAUAGGCCAACUGCAGAAGAAGAUGCAGAUGCAGAGGAAGCUUUUAAUAUAAUGAGAAACUGGUUACAUGAUGGUUUGCUUGUACAAAAAUGAGCUAGUAAUGGCUGUAAUGACUAUUCAAUCAUAUACUACAUCUGUUAUUCUCA